UGGAAGCUCUCUCUCCCAUGGCUGCAGGAAGAGUAGCUUCUCCAUCACAAUUAUUCAUAGCCCUCCUCUUAGUUCUUAGCUUAUGCUGUUUGAGUUGCAAUGCUAAGGAUGAUUAUCGUCAACAGUGUGAACCUUCAUGGUGCGGCAAACAUAACAUAAGCCACCCUUUCCGACUAAAAGAUGAUCCAGAGAAGUGCGGUGACUCAAGGUAUGAGCUGUCUUGUGAGAAGAACAACCUUACAGUAUUAUACUUGUAUUCUGGAAAAUACUAUGUGCAGGCAAUCAAUUAUAAUAACUACACCAUCCGAGUUGUGGAUGCCAAUCUUCACAAGGGUAACUGCUCUUCAGUUCCCUAUUAUUCAUUGUCAGCGUCUAACUUCAGUUACGAGGAUGAGGAUCCGUAUGGGAUUUCUCAAGGUAGAGGUAAGGGGCAUUGGUGGGACACAGAUUAUGUGAAACUGUCAAAGCCUAUAAUAUUUCUGACCUGUGAAACCCCGGUGAAUUCGCCUCUCUAUGUGGAUACUGCUCCUUGCGUUGGUGCAAUGAGUAGUUCCAAUUCCAAUGGGCAUUCAUAUGUUAGUGUUGGAGGAUUAAAUGCGUCAGACUUGAUUGAGUUUUGUCGCAUAGAGCUUAUGUUAAUGACAUCGUCGCAGCUUACAAAGAACAAUUCCUACAUAGACAUCCACAAUGAGAUGAUCUAUGGCUUUGAACUUACAUGGAUACAGAGUUACCGUAGAGGUCGAAGCUGGUUUAGUUGCUACGUCGACAGUGAUACCAACAAAAUUAAUUGCUCUCAUGAAUGCUAUGAUUUAUACUGUGGUAAGUAUGUCAAAGAUUUCUUCAUUUGUUUUCUUCUGGUAACAUAACUGUAGGCACAUGUUCUGUUUUUUAACAUGCCAAGA